UCUUAUUUUCCCCAAGAAAGCGCAACAGAAAACCUUCAUCAAACAUUCAGUCUUCAUGGAUGACUCCGAUGAAGAGACAUCAGUGGGGGAGAGUCUUCAAAGAGAAGCCUUGAAAAAGCAAGCGAUGAAACAAACCAAGCUUGAGAUCCAGAGGGCACUGGCAGAGGACUCCACGGUGUACGAAUAUGACAACAUCUAUGAGGACAUCCAGCAGAAGAAGGCAGAAAGUCACGCUGGCUCACUUCUCGGGAAAGAGGAAAAACAGCCCAAGUACAUCCAAAACAUCCUCAAGGCAGCUGAGCUGAGAAAGAAGGAGCAGGAAAAGAGAAUGGAGAAGAAAAUACAGAAGGAGCGUGAAAUGGAAGGGGGCGCAUUUGACGACAAAGAAGCUUUCGUGACGUCAGCCUACAAGAAGAAGCUGCAGGAAAGAGCGGAAGAGGAAGAAAGGGAGAGGAGGGAGGCCGCUCUCGAGGCGUGCCUGGAUGUGACCAAGCAGAAGGACCUCAGCAGGUUUUACAGGCACCUGUUGAACCAGUCAGUAGGAGAAGAGGAGGUGCCCAAGUGCAGCCUUCGGGAGGCCAGGAUAAAGGAAGAAAAACCCAGUGGAGAUUUCAGCGACUCCAGACCAACGAGCAGAAGCCCAGAAGUGAAAAGAGGGCCUCACAUCCCUCUAAGGGGAGACGAUAGCUCAGAUGCAGACAGUGAGGUGGAAAUGGGUAGCCCUGAUUGGGAGGAUGGUGCAGAAGCUCUCAGAGACAGCGGAAAGGAGGCCCGGCCAAGUGAAACUGAUCCCAGUGGGGAAGGUUCCAAGCCUCACAAGAGCCAAAGAGACUCGAGGUCCUGCAGCGAGGAGAGAGGUGGCCACUCAAAGGGGCCUGCCGCUCACUCAGAGAGAGAGGAGGGAGGAGGAAGCCGGAAGGAGAGAAGAGGGCAGCCCAGGGAAAGGGACCUUGAGAGAAGACAGAGAGAUACUGGCAAGGAAGAGCACCCGAGGUCCGAGGACCAUUACAGGAGGCAAGAAGAGCGAGAGAGCAAGCAGAGGAAGAAAGACAGGAAGGAGAAAGAGGAAUAUGACAGAGAAUCGCGGAAAGAGAGAGAGAAAGAGAAGCACUCGCAUUGGCAAGAACAAGGGAAGGAAGGGUUGGUGAGCAAUAAAGACCAUGGCAAAGAUUGGGAAAGGGGAGAGAGAGACAGAGGUGCUAAAAUCAGAGGGCCAAGGGAUGAGAAAGAGGAGAAGCCCCCGAGAGAGAGAAAGGACAGUAGCCCCCAGUCCUCGGUAAAAGCUGACCCCCAGGCUCUGGAAAGAGAGAGGGGAGAAUAGCAGCCGUCAGACUUGGAGAGAGCGUCAGAGCCGAAACAUAAGAGUGCAGCGG